UCUAUUUUUAUCUAAGGGGCUCUCCUUUGUUUAUCAGCUACUACAGCUAGGUUUUCUGAGUAUAAAAGGCCGAAAUGAAGUGCUUGAGAAUCAGUUCAGUAACUUCAGUCCAUAGAAAAGGAUGGGGGUGAAAGGACUAUUGAAGUAUAUUAGAAACUGCCCAACCGGUGUGAGGCCAGAGCCACUCGUUCUCUCUACUGAAACGAAACGCAAAAGCAGAGAUCCAACAGCAGCUAAAGCAAUUCUUGUGUGUGACUUCAUAGCAAUAGUGUUCUGGCUAUUGGACAUAGUACACGAUGCAAAGAAGUCCUCGGAGAGAUAUAUUGCACUGUAUGGUGCUGAUUUCAAGGAAUACACCUCAAGGCUUAUCAGAUUUGUGGAAAUGCUGCGUCACAUUGACAUAGAACCUGUGUUCUUUUGUGAUGGUCCAAGAGGAUCGGGUAAAGAAUAUGAGAUGAAGUUAUCUACUUGGGAAAAGCGGACAAAGGAUUCAUUGAAGGUCAUACUUUCUCAUUCGUUCAUAACUAAAUAUGAUGCAAAGACUGAAGUUAAAUUUGGAAAAAAAAUUAUGCAACCACUCCUUGUUACUGAGCUAGUGAUGGCACUCCAAGAAGCAAAAGUUGAAUUAAUUACGUGUGAAGGAGAGGCUGAUAAUUUGAUGGCGGAAUACAUGCGUACACAUGGUAACGUCUGUGGUAUAUUGACUAAUGAUACAGACAUGAUGCUGAUGGAUGGAGUAACGGCUAUUCACUACAAGUUAUUUGAUCAAGAAAAUGCUCUCAAACUUUCUGAUGAUGAUAUACCAGACGAUUACAAGAUUGCUGAAGUGCAUUGUGGUGCUAUUAGUCCAGGUUACCUUGCAAGACGCCUUAAAAUCGAUGAAAAGUGUCUACCAGCUUUCUCAGUCCUCUGUGGUAAUGAUUUUACUACAGAUUUAAAUGAUGAGAUAGAUGUAAAAAAAUUAGUAUUUGGAUACAUAAACUAUAACUAUGUUAAGACUUAUGAGUAUACCAAAACAGUUCUAAAAUGGAUCAAAGACAAUGAAGAAGCUUGCAAGGACCCAGUCUCAUUCUUAGCUAUACGUGAGAUUGCUGAUGUAUGUAAGAAGAACCCACGUUACGCUGCAGCUGUGCAUUACUCAUAUGCCUUUUAUACAUGCUCUCAUCCUAUGCCAGCCUCCAGUGGGGAUUCUUCUGUCAGUACUGCUGCUUCUCCUCUUUGUGAUUUUAUUGCCUCAGAAGUUAAAAUAGAUCGCAUGUGUUUGCCAGUUGUGCGCAAUGGCAUAUUGUGGAGGGACGAGAUUGAGCAGCUUGACGAAAAGUUGUGUUGCAUUUAUGAUGUUCUUCAACCAGUCCGUACAAUCAUCUACAAGCUACUUUGCUGUAAAAGUGUUACCGAGUUUGGCCAAAGUAAGAUAGAUGAGUGUGUACCAAGGCCAAUAGAUGUUCCAAGCCCAUGUGUGCCAGAAGACCUUGACACACUUAGAAAGGAAAUAUCCCAUGAGCAAAAGAUAUCAUUGCUUGUUGAAGUUUUUAAGAAGCCUGAUCACAUUGUUUUGCUUAAAUCAUUUGCAAAAUCUUUUAAAGAUAUACCUCCAACUAGUCGAGUUCCUGAUAUUGGCUCACUGCUGGCAUGUGUUUGCUUCAUAUAUUCAUAUCAAAACAAGCUCAUACCAGAGGAUUAUGUCACACCAAUACUUCAGGCAUUCUUCUAUUGCUCCUUAGAGAAGCUGCCUCCUCGUAUAUUAGCUCGUCCGGGUCCAACUGGUAUAACGAUGUCCUCUCAUUUGAUGAUCACUCUUACUCAUGCUAGAUGGUUCUUAUCAUUAUUGGGCCUCCAUCAAGAGCUUCCUUUGCCUUCAUCUGUGUUUCAACCAUACGUCUACAUUCCUUUACAUGGAACAGCUUUCAAAUUGAAGCAGAAAGAAAAAUUUCAUGGCAAUGAUGCACCAGCAAAAGAAUACUAUGAACUUGUUUCUAAAAACGAGGAAUUUCAGGAUUUCAAGGAGUGCAUUUGCUCUGGCAGUGCCAUUGAUAAUAUUGGAGCUGUGUGUGUCCAGUAUGCACGCACUAAAGAUGCCAUUAAGGAACUGUUAGAUAAAAAAGCUCAAGGCCGCAAAACGAGCAAGUCAAAAAAGAAGUAACUAUCUCUAAAACUGACUUAUGCUACAUAAAUGUAUAUUAGUAUUAGUCUGGGGACUCUUGGUCUCCACACCAUAUGACAUUUUAUGCUACAAAAUGUAGAUUUUAACACUUCACUAAGUUUUGUAAUUGCUAUAUAAAUAUAAUUCAAAA